GCGGGGCUGAAGUAGCCCCGCGGGCGGGCGGCGGAGGCGGCAGCCCCUCAUGCUGCGACGCCCGCUGGCCGGGCUGGCUGCAGCCGCCUUGGGCCGGGUCCCCUCGGACGUCCUGAAAAUGUAGGAGGGGAUUUUCCUGGCUCGUGAAGCUCCAGACAGCUUGUAAAACCUCCGCGGCCCGAGGACCUCACGCUGGAUGCCGUUGUGGACCCUGCAGCAUGCGGAGGGGCGGAGAGGGGGAACAUCCCGACACCCCUCUCCAAGGAAUGCCAGGACCCAGACCUGUCGUCCUGAGUGGACCGUCGGGGGCAGGGAAGAGCACCCUGCUCAAGAGACUCCUGCAGGAGCAUGGCAGCAUCUUCGGUUUCAGCGUGUCCCACACCACGAGGGACCCACGGCCUGGAGAAGAGAACGGGAAAGAUUACUACUUCGUGACCAGGGAGGUGAUGCAGCAGGAUAUCGCGGCUGGCGACUUCAUCGAGCAUGCGGAGUUCUCCGGGAACCUGUACGGGACCAGCAAAGCAGCCGUGCGGGCCGUGCAGGCCAUGAACCGCAUCUGCGUGCUGGACGUGGACCUGCAAGGUGUACGUAACAUCAAGAAGACAGAUCUGCGGCCCAUCUACAUCUUUGUGCAGCCACCCUCACUGGACGUCCUGGAGCAGCGGUUGCGGCAGCGGAACACAGAGACAGAGGAGAGCCUGGCCAAGCGGCUGGCUGCCGCUCGUGUUGACAUGGAGAGCUGUGAGUGCAAGGAGCAAGGCCUGUUUGACCUGAUCAUCAUCAAUGACGACCUGGACAAGGCCUACCAGGCCCUGGAGGAGGCGCUGUCCGAGGAAAUCAAGAAGGCCCAAAGGACCAGCCAUUCCUGAGAGGGACCGCCAGCUCUGGCCUCCCCAGUGGGGACUCCGCUCAACUCAGCCAGCACCUCCCUCGCCUAGAUUGCCAUGCCUGGAGGACCCUGGGCUCCCUUUACCCUCUCCUGUGGGAGUCAAGCCCAUGUACUAAUAAAAACUGCUAGGUAACUGUGUC